AUGGCCGAUACUUCUGGAACAAGUAGUACUUCUAAUGAUGGCUCUGGAGAAGGCCCACAAAGAACACCUUCUGGCAACUCAGUUUUGGCCCACAUGAUGCAGAACAAAGUAGAGACAACCUUGUGGCUGACGAGAAUUUUCACCAUUGUCUGCAGUAUCCUGUUCUUGAUUCCACUGUUGGGGGACAAUCCGUACAUAUUUUACCAAAGAGCACUAAUCGCUGCAGCAGCCACAAGCGCCUUGCGGUUGCAUCAACGUAUCCCACAAGUCCAGCUCAACAUGGAGUUUCUGCGGCGCUUGUUUACGGAGGACUCCAGCCACUACCUCAUCUACUGCCUCAUUUUUCUCUACUCCUACCCAGUCACAAUGUGCUUGAUUCCUGUGUUCCUGUUUGCUGUACUGCAUGCCUGCUCUUUUACAAAAACCAUCCUUAAUUUGAUGGGACCAACAUCUCUGAUGUUUGUACGCAACAUGAUCAACAAGCUGGAGGCUCAACAGGUCAACAUUCUCCGCUUCAUCGCCAGCACCGAGAUAUUUUUGAUGCCGGCCAUCAUCAUCCUCAUCUUCAGUGGCAAGUGUAGUAUCUUCCUGCCGUUCCUGUACUAUCGCUUCCUGACUCUGAGAUAUGCCUCGCGCAGAAACCCCUACUGCAGGACUCUGUUUUACGAGUUUCGGCUGGCUGCCGAACACCUGUGCUCUCGACCUCAGUGUCCUCAGUUUCUGAGGAAGUCUGUGCUUCGGCGCGAUCAGCUUCAUCUCUCGGCUGGCACCACCUGUACAGACGUGAACUAUCUAGUAGAUCAAAUAACAGAAACCAUCAGCACCAUACAUAAAGGCUUGGCCUCGGCUACAUAA